AUGUCUGAUCUUUUCUCCACGUUAGCAAUCCAAUCCCAACUCUCGUAUUCCGGGACCCGACGACGAGGCGACAUCGAGCUAGGCAAGGAUUGUGGGCCGAACUUUAUUUCCAAACCAGAAAUAAGAGCAAAGAGAAGUAAGGAUCUAGAAGGGGAAAACUAA